UUUAAAGAUCUAGUCUUCAACUUGUCUCCUGGGGACCCACUGUCCUGCAGAGUUCAGCUCCAACCCUUCUCAAACCCUGCUCUUAUUACAUGCAAACUUCACAAUAUUGCCAAAAGUUUUGAGACACCCCUCCAAAUCAUUGAAUGCAGGUGUUUCAAUCACUUUUAUGGCCUCACCUAAGCAUGCAGACAGCUUUUACAAACGUUUGUGAAGAAUGGGUCGUUCUCAGGAGCUCAGUGAAUUCAAGCGUGGUACAGUGAUAGGUUGCCACCUGUGCAAUAAGUCCAUACGUGAAAUUUCCGCACUACUGAAUAUACCACAGUCAACUGUUAGUAAUAUUGUAACAAAAUGGAAGCAGUUGGGAACAACAGCAACUCAGCCACGAAGUGGUAGGCCACGUAAAAUCACAAAGCAGGGUCAGCGCAUGCUAAGGCGAGCAGUGCGCAGAAGUCGGCAACUUUCUGCAGAGUCAAUAACCACAGACCUCCAAACUUUGUGUGGCCUUCAGAUUAGCCCAAGAACAGUGCGUAGAGAGCUUCAAGAAAUGGGUUUCAAUGGCCGAGCAGCUGCAUCCAAGCCUUACAUCACCAAGGUCAAUGCAAAGAUGCAGAAUCACCGUGAAAAAGAGGGAAGUGAACUGCAGCAAAUAGAGGAAAUUGAUCUAGGUGGCAUCAGGGACUUUCAGUUGGACGUGGAGUGUUCAGCAGACACAGAAAAUGGAUCUCCAUAUCCAGCAUCUAAUAGAGCGGCAUCAUCUUCUCAAGAGGACUCAUUAGUUGCUUUUGCACAAUCGGGCCAGUGUGAGCCAGGGCUUUAAAUGGGCCUCACGGAGCCAAUAGCCUCCGAUCUUCAGCCUGGAAGCCAAAAUAAAACUCCUUUGGACUGUCAGGCCAAUAGCGUGGCAGUGCUUCAAUAAACUCCACCCUUAAUACGCCUACCUGGAUCUAAAGUUGCACAAUCACAGUUUCACCGUGAGGAGGAAGUCAGUUCUGACAGGAGUUAGAUUGCAUCAUCAUACAACAAACAUAAUGGAAAGAACUGAGGCGGCUGUUUGCACGGUGAAGGAACACCUUUACAAUUAAAGUGCAAUAACAAAAACAUUUAGGUAGAUACAUAUGCCAUCUUAGUUCAGAUCAUCCCAUAACACCACAACAUUUGAAUAUGGCAAAAACUGUGGAUUCAGAAGAUCAUCCUUUUCUUAAACACUAACGAUGGUCAUGCUGCAAAACUUUAAGUUAGGACCUAUCAAGUAUUUAAGACAAAACUCUGCCAUUAUCAGAUAACAGACCUGUUAAAUAACAAAACAUCAAAUGAACAACAUGGUAGCUUAUUUACAUUGCCCUGCCCUUCUGUAUAUCCUUAGUUUAUUUGUGUCCAUCCUUACUGUAUAAAACCAAAUGCUGCUUAAAGUUGGCAGAGUUCAUCCUGACUCGCUUUUCAGUGAAUAGUAGUCCAGCACAGCUAAAGAGAAUGUCACAGGGGGCUGAGGCAGAAAGGCCGGUGUUGAGUUUAAAGGAACACGCCCACAUUUUGGGGAUUUAGCUUAUUCAACG